AUGAACACAGAUGGAUGGGACUUGAUCACAGCCGGACUCGUAACCCGACCUUUGUUUGCGCCUGGAUCCUCUGGCGACUCGGGCAUUCCGUUGCGCUCCUCGGAUGCUCCACUCCAACGCAAACUGCAGCAGCAGAGGCAGAACAAUCAGUUGUCGUGGCCGAAGCUGGAGUCGUUAACGUUAACGAAGAAGCAGACGGAAAAUCCGUGGAAGCAGACGAAGAACCCGUGGAGGCGGACAGGAAAUCAGUGGACGUGGCAGCAACAGCGGAAGAAGCGGCAGCAACAGCGGAAUAAGCAGCAGGACCAGGAGAAGAAACAGGGGGCGGUGACGAAGCAACCGGACGCGGUGACGAAGCAGCCAGACGAGGUGACGAAGCAGCCGGACGAGGUGACGAAGCAGCCGGACGUGACGACGAAGCAACCGGACGCGGUGACGAAGCAGCCCGGGGAGGUGACGCAGCAACCGGACGUGGUGACGAAGCAGCCGAACGUGGUGACGAAGCAGCCGGACGAGGUGACGAAGCAGCCGGACGAGGUGACGAAGCAGCCGGACGAGGUGACGACGCAGCCGGACGAGGUGACGACGCAGCCGGACGAGGUGACGACGCAGCCGGACGAGGUGACGACGCAGCCGGACGAGGUGACGACGCAGCCGGACGAGGUGACGACGCAGUCGGACGAGGUGACGACGCAGCCGGACGAGGUGACGACGCAGCCGGACGAGGUGACGACGCAGCCGAACGAGGUGACGACGCAGCCAGACGAGGUGACGACGCAGCCGGACGAGGUGACGACGCAGCCGGACGAGGUGACGACGCAGCCGGACGAGGUGACGACGCAGCCGGACGAGGUGACGACGCAGCCGGACGAGGUGACGACGCAGCCGGACGAGGUGACGACGCAGCCGGACGAGGUGACGACGCAGCCGGACGAGGUGACGACGCAGCCGGACGAGGUGACGACGCAGCCGGACGAGGUGACGACGCAGCCGGACGAGGUGACGACGCAGCCGGACGAGGUGACGACGCAGCCGGACGAGGUGACGACGCAGCCGGACGAGGUGACGACGCAACCGGACGAGGUGACGACGCAGCCGGACGAGGUGACGACGCAGCCGGAUGAGGUGACGACGCAGCCGGACGAGGUGACGACGCAGCCGGACGAGGUGACGACGCAGCCGGACGAGGUGACGACGCAGCCGGACGAGGUGACGACGCAGCCGGACGAGGUGACGACGCAGCCGGACGAGGUGACGACGCAGCCGGACGAGGUGACGACGCAGCCGGACGAGGUGACGACGCAGCCGGACGAGGUGACGACGCAGCCGGACGAGGUGACGACGCAGCCGGACGAGGUGACGACGCAGCCGGACGAGGUGACGACGCAGCCGGACGAGGUGACGACGCAGCCGGACGAGGUGACGACACAGCCGGACGAGGUGACGACGCAGCCGGACGAGGUGACGACGCAGCCGGACGAGGAGAAGCAGCAGCGGCUUGAUAAGGAGAAGGAGAUGAGCCGGCUUCAACAGGAGGCGUCAGUGAAGGCCUAUGAGGAAUACCAGGAAAGGAAGCGGCAGGAGGAGCUGUGGAAGAAGCAGCAGCAGCAGCAGAAGCAGCAGGAUGAGGAAGAGCAGAAGAAGAAGCAGCUGCAAGCGGAAGAAGAGCAGAAGAAGCAGCAGCAGCAACUGGAAGAAGAGCAGAAGAAGAAGCAGAUGCAGGCGGAAGAAGAGCAGAAGAAGAAGCAGAUGCAGGCGGAAGAAGAGCAGAUGAAGGAGCAGCAGCAGGAGAUGAGCAAGCUUCAACAGGAGGCGUCAUACAAGAGUAUGCUUGCAUACCGGGAGAAUGAGCGGCAGAAAGAGCUGCAGAACCAGGAGAAGGUGAGACAGCAGGCGGAGCAGGAAAGGCUGGAGCAGGAGCGGCCUGAGUUGAAGCAGCAGCGGCUUGACAAGGAGAAGGAGAUGAGCCGGCUUCAACAGGAGGCGUCAGUGAAGGCCUACCGGGAAUACCAAGAAAGGCAGCGACAGGAGCUGCAGAAGCAGCAGGGACAUCCAGGACGGAGCAUGAUGGGCUGCGUCCGCCAGGAAAAGAAUUGCACAGCGGGCAUGUGCAAGGAUGGGGAGACGUGCAAGCCUUUGAACACGUGCAGGGGGUAUAUCUGCCUGGUAGAUCGUUCUAACCUGCAGACUAAGACGCCCAGGAAGAAAGUGGAUAAGAUCAGUAAGAGCCCCGAGCAGGGGUCCUUGGCUCCGGAGGAAGAGAAGAGGACGAUUGGAAAGCCCGUGGAGGGGAGUGAUAAGGGAAAGAGGAGCAAUGGGAAGGUACUAUGGCAGUCAAGCCCAUAG